CUGUCUGCCGCUUCGCGGACAUCAGUUUCAUUUCACGUACAAAUCACAGUGCGAUACUACGAGUAAUUAGUAUGAUAAUUUAGCAUUAUCUGUGAAUAACAACGCAAUCAUUUAUCCGAAAGUGUUCAGUCAUUCAUGUGUCAGUGUACCCGAAUACGUGAUGUGAGCUGUACUGUGUAAUACAUAACUGAAGGAUUAAUUCUCUUAUGCGGUGACGAUGUGGCGUAUUUUCCUGAUUUUGAUAGCAACAAGCAGGUCAAUAUGCGGGCAGGUGAUCAACAGAGCGCCUCACUUUAUACAGGGUGGCGAUAUGGCACGUCUUGCCGUAUCCGAAGGUACACAGCCUGGUGCACCAGUGUACACGCUCCAAGGAGAAGAUCCUGAAGGAUCGAGAUUGCAUUAUUCCAUAAGCGGAGAAUAUUUCACAGUAGACAGAGAAACUGGCGUUGUGAUUUUGAGAAAAGCUCUAGACAGAGAAGCUCAAGAUUUGAUCGAAGUGAUCAUCAGUAUAACCGACGAAGGUAUCGCUGGUUCCGAACCCAACACGGUAUCGUUACGUCGUGAAAUCGCUGUACUCGAUGAGAAUGAUAAUCCGCCGGUAUAUCACGGACGUCCCUAUGCUGCUCGAGUACCGGAAAACGCGCAAGUUGGUGGCCUUCUACUUCCGGCUGGUACUAUCAUCGUGACGGACCGUGACGGAGGUGUAAAUGCGGACGUACGCGUGGACUGCAUACCGGCAUCACGUGACGAUGACGUCUGCGAAGUUUUUGAAAUAAAUACCGAGAAGCUGGCAGAAGGAAAAUACGACGUACAGAUUACGUUGAAAAAACCGUUGGAUUAUGAGAGAAGAAAUUCGUAUUUAAUUAACUUAUUGGCCGUCGACGGCGCUAGUGAUCCGUUCAAGAGGUUAAAAGCACGAGCGACCGUGGCUGUCGAUAUCCUUGAUGUUCAGGAUCAACCACCAACUUUCCUCAAUGCUCCGUACAGUGCAGCGUUGCCUGAAAAUACUCCUGCGGGAUACACUGUUCUUACUGUUAGAGCUCGCGACGGCGACACUGGGCAACCCAGGGCGCUGCUGCUCAAUCUCGAAGACGAAAGUGCUGGACAUUUCGUUCUGGAAAUGAGCAGAGACGGCGACAUUUCUCUAGGAAAACUCGUCACGACGAACGUAUCGCUGGACCGUGAGGAUCCCACGAUAUUACAGAACGGUGGAAUUUAUACGUUUCAAGUAAAGGCCACGGAAUUGAUAAAUAAUGAAAUUCCGGCUGAUAGUGCAUUAUCUACCGUUACCAUCGUCAUUACUGAUGUUGAUGACUUGGCACCAGUUUUUAACGAGGAGUACUUCAGUAUUAAAAUAUCUGAGGAUAUUGGAUUGGACACUCCACUUCCUGGACUCAAUAUGGUCGUGAGUGAUGGGGAUGUUGGAGACAAUGCAAAGUACGUCCUGGCGCUUAGGGAUGCUCCAGAUUAUCCUGGAUUAAGCAAAGCUUUCGCGGUUAGUCCUGCCGAUGCACAGGGAAGAGUCCCUGUUGUUAUAAGGCCCAAAAAUAUCAGUGUCUUGGAUUACGACGUGGAGGAUCCUGCUAAGAGAGAAUUGGAAUUUGAUGUAAUUGCUUUAGUAGCUGGACAAGUUGUUGCAUAUUCUAGGGUUCAUAUACAGAUACAAGACGCUAACGAUCAUAGUCCUCAAUUUGCAGAAUCUUUGUACAGACUGUCCGUCCCUGAAAAUGCGACAGUAGGAACCAAGUUUGGUGACGUAUUUGCAACUGACAAGGACAGUGGAUCCCUCGGCCAACUGACGUAUACACUACGUGGAUUUGGUGCUGAUAAAUUCCGCACGGAUCCAAAACGCGGCGGAAUAUUUGUCGCUAAGCAAUUGGAUUACGAGACGCAGAAAUCGUAUUCGUUGACUAUGGAAGCCAAGGAUGGCGGAGGUCGUUUAUCGACUGUCAAUAUAUUAAUCGAAUUAGAGGAUAUCAAUGAUAACGAACCUAUUUUCGAACAAAAGGAAUAUUCGAGAACGGUUCGUGAAGGCGCAACCAGUUUUGAUCCGCAAAUGUUCGUACGUGCUACAGACGUGGAUGGGCCCACUCAAGGAAAUGGAAAAGUAACAUUCUCUAUAAGCAAUCAUAACAGCAUGACUGAGAAUGUCUUUAAGGUCAAUCCAGACACUGGUGAAGUUACUAUGCAAAAACCAGCUCGUUCAGGUGAUACCGAGCGUGGCCUUUAUGAAUUGAGUAUAAGGGCGACGGAUGCAGGGGUACCGCCAUUAUAUUCUGAAACAAAAUUACUAGUUCGCGUUGGUGUUCCUGGUAAUCAGAAACCUAUUUUUCGUGGAAAUUACAAAGCCGGUUUACCUGGUCCUAAUACGUACCGUGCUAGACUCUUAGAAAAUGCUACUCCUGGUACUGAGGUUGUUCGCGUAGUAGCGAAUGAUCCUGAUGGCAGGGACAGUCUGCUGCAGUAUUACAUAGCUGCUGGUGCAAAAGAUAAUUUUGUUAUCGAUUCGAGUUCUGGUAUUAUGACCGUGUCACCUGACGCAAGAUUGGACCUGGAAGCUGGAGGUGACAAAUACGAAGUUAUAAUUUAUGCAGUUGAUUCGGGUACACCUGUCAGAGAAACAGCUACUACUACGGUCUCUGUUAAUAUUAUAGAUGUUAACAAUAAACCACCAGUUUUUAAUAACUCAACAUAUUUAGUAUACGUUUCUGAGCGUGCGUCAAUUGGUGAGUCGGUAAUUAAAGUCACUGCCACUGACCCAGAUUCCGAUGCGAAUAUUAUAUAUUCCUUGGUGGAACCAAUAAAAGCUGUGGACAAGACUGGAGUAGCCUUAAAGAGUACACAGCCGUACGAUUACAAGACUGCAUUUCGAAUAAAUUCGACAACUGGAUUAAUAAGUGUUAAUCGAGUUUUGGAUUACCAAGUGGCAGCAGUGGUAAUAUUAACGGUAGAGGCGCGAGAUUCAAAUGCACUUGUGGAUAAGGAGAAGCAAGUAACGCGAGUCGAAGUUACUAUUUAUAUUCAAGCUUACAGUGACGAUAACCCUACCUUUAAUAAUGUCGGAUGGUCACCGAAUAAUCCUACUAUUCGUGUCACGGUACCCGAGGAACAGCCACUAGGAACAACGUUGUUAAUGUUAUCAGCCAAAGAACCAAUGACUGGUUAUCCGGUUCAAAGAUUUGAACUUGUCCGCGAGGAUGAUGAUGAAGGCUAUGUAAACGUUGGUGUUCAAAGUGGUAACGUAGUACUGAACAAAAGAUUGGAUUACGAAGCACUUAAUCAAAAGUCUAUCCGUUUCAAAGUACGCGCCCUGACUCGGGAUUACGAAAUAACACGAAAAAUGUCGGAAGCCAAUGUUAUCGUGGACGUGCAAGAUAUAAAUGACAACGUUCCAAUGUUCAGUCAAAAGGAUUACAAAAUCUCAGUUUUGGAAUCGUCGAAACCUUCGAAAAUUGUAUUAAACGUCAAAGCUACUGACAUGGAUAGUUCGAAUACCGAACAAGAAGUUAAAAGGGGUUAUGGUGAGGUUAGGUAUUCGAUAACAGGAGAAAAUGCAAACAUGUUUGAGAUCGACCCCAUCAGUGGCAACGUUAAGAUUGCUCCCAAUACCACACUGGAUCGUGAAAGACAAUCGGUACUACGUUUUUACGCGGUUGCGUCGGAUAUGCCUCAGGGUGGUGCUGAUCAGAAAACAUCACGAGCUUUGGUGACAGUUGACAUUCUAGAUGUCAAUGACAAUGCCCCGACAUUUCCCCAAGAUUCCUACACAGCUGUCAUUCCUGAAAAUGCGCCUGCAGGCGUAAGCGUUGUGAACAUAACAGCAACGGAUCCUGACGAGGGUAACGGUGGCGUCAUUCAUUUUGAGAUCAUCGACGAAGGAGAAGCCAAUGGUCUUUUCAAAAUUAAUCACACAACCGGUGAAAUAUCAUCAGCUGGUCAGUUAACUGGCAAAGGUAGAACGGAGCCAUACAACAUGAGAGUUCGCGCACAGGAUAGUGGCGACCCUGUACUAUUUUCUGAUGUACCAUUGACUCUAUAUAUCGGCGAUGUGGUCAGUAAUGAUGGUGUUCCACUGUUUAUAAGACCAACAUUGGAAGAAGUUGCUCAUAUUGCUGAAAACUCAACGGUCGGCAGUCCUGUCUUCCAGGUUGUCGCAUCCGAUCCGGAUGAUCCAAACUUGCCUAAUGGCAAAAUGACUUUUAAAUUUUUGGAAGAUGGAAAUUUCGAGAAUGACGCCUCGACAUUUAGCAUCAACAGCGAGACCGGAUUGAUAACUACGCGAAAAUUAUUGGAUCGUGAAACAAAGGAUAGUUACACGUUGAUACUCAUAGCUCAAGACUUGGGUGAUCCGCCUCAACAAGCUACAAGAGUCCUACAGGUGAUCGUUGAUGAUAUCGAUGAUCACAAGCCCCAUUUUAAAAGGAAUCUUGAUAGUCCUCCUAUCGAAUUAAGUGUAUACGAAGAAAGUCCCAUCGGAACAGAAGUUGGCAUCAUUGAGGCGAUUGAUGAGGAUAUCGGUGAUAACGGUAUGAUCGAUUAUGUGAUAAUCUAUGGAAACGAAGGGGCUCUCUUCACGCUCGAAAGACUUGAAAAUAAUUCUGCAGUCAUUCGAUCGGCGGCUAGAUUGGAUCGCGAGAGUGCAGAUCGUUACUUGCUAACGAUAAAGUGCUUCAAGUAUUCGAUGAAGAAAUCGGAAAUUGCACCAAAACCGUAUAACAGACAAGAUCCGUCGGAGAGACAGGUGCUUGUAAAAAUUUUGGAUAUUGAUGAUAAUAAGCCUAAAUUCAAAAAGGAUAAUAUUACCAUUGGCGUUCGAUUAAAUGUGCCGAUCGAUACCAGUUUAAUAACUUUGGAAGCUGUGGAUGUGGAUUCCGAUGCUCUUCCCAUUAAUUAUAGUAUGGGGAAAGUGUCCUUCACUUCAUUGGUUGAUCCAUCCAUGUCAAUCGAUGAAAUUCCUUCUCAGUUCUCAUUAAAUCCACAAACCGGUGAAUUGAGGACUACAGGAUCGAUGGCUGGAUAUGCUGAUGGUUAUAUGGAAUUGCCUAUAAAGGCAAACAACUCCGCAUUUCCAGGCAGAGAGACGACUAUAAGUCUAAAAGUAUUUCUAUUGCGCGAUCGUGAUAUGUUAAAAUUCGUCUUUUCGAAACCACCCGUCGAAGUAAGGAGGACAUUGGAAGAUUUUGAAAAGGCUGUCCAACAUGCACUCUCACUUCCUAUAACAGUUAACGUUUAUGACACCCAAUUUUACUCAAAGGAGGACAAUUCCUUGGAUUUCUCUUCGACAAGCUCCUGCUUUCAAAUGGUCGGCAAGGAGUCGUACGACCUUCAUGAAAUGAAGGCUUUACUCACCGAUCCGAAUAAUGAGGAAUUAAAAAAAGUUUACAGUGCGUAUCACGUUGAUAAGGUACAAAAUUGUGCUGCACUCGUUGCCAGAACGGAUGCAUCUAUGACGCAAAUGUGGGUACUGGCAAUAGCUGUGUUGGUUGGAAUUUCGGCUAUUGUUUCCAGCUGUGCACUAUGCUGUAUGCAUGCUAAAUAUAAAAGACAAGUAAAACAUGCUAGACUGAGGGAUCAACCGCGACCACCAUUAAGUUACGUUUCAGCAGGUCCUGGAAUGGUCAACGCAACUUCUCAUACUACUUUGGGUCCAGGUACUAUGGUGACUUUGGGACCUCACGAAGGGCCUUAUGAAUGGGGUGCUGAUACUACACUUUAUCACCCCAGUACAUUGUCGCGAGCAUGAAUUCCCAAAGGAAUUUAAGUUAUAAAAUAUAUGUUCGCUUUCAUAUCAAAUAAGCUCUGUGAAUGGACGUUUAAGGACAUUGAUGACGUCUAUUUAAAUUACGUAUCUGAAUAUGACAGAAAAAUUGCAAAAAAUAUAUAUAGAAGUGUUUUUCAUCCAGUGGUGCUAUAGUGAUGCGAACAAUUUAAGAGUGAUCUAGUGUUUAUUUAUUUUGUGUGCAAAGAACAAAAAGUACCGGAAACUCGUUGUAUCCUUUCUGAGGAGUAGGAACGAUUUAUAUAGAUUAUUCUUUUCUUUUAAUUCUAUAUGAAAACUAACUGCGAUAUUGUAUAGUUAUGGAUUUAAUUACUUACCAGUCCACUUUGUGGCUUUGUUGACAAAUUAUUAAUGAACUUUGCAAUUCAGCAAUCGAAUUUUAUUGUAUAUUUUCCAGUAUUUAUGCAUAUAAAUUGUACUAGCAUCUAUCGUACUAGACGUAUGAUAUUUGUCUCGUUUGUUACUACAAACGUACAGUCUUCCAAUGGUUUUAUAAAAUUAUUGAGUCCUUUUGGAAUAUUUCAGAAAGGAGAUGUAAAUAUUAAAUAAUGACUGUAUAAUUUGCCUAAUGAAUCAUAAUCAAAUUCAUUAGUGAUUAAAUGAUAUUCAGAAUCACUCCA